AUGUCAGCCGCCGUUGCUGCUACUGCGGGCAUCGAAAACCAACCGCCGGACGCACCAGCAUGGCGCGAGAACCUGAAUACACAUCUCAUCUGUCCCGAUUGUAAACAAGUGCCCCCGGAUUUGAUCGAAGAGAACGCGGACACAAUCUGCGCCAACUGUGGCAUGGUUCUCGCUGAGCGUCUCAUCAGUUACGAAUCGGAAUGGCGCACUUUCAACUCGGAUGAAGGCAAAGGCGAGGACCCCAAUCGCGUUGGUGAAGUUGAUAACGAACUUCUUCUCACCAACAACGCGGGCACAAUGAUCGGUGGUGGCGGGCCGAAUGUAUCAAAGGAAACCCGCAAGCUCAAGAAGGCGCAGGCUCUGCAACUUGAAAACAAAGCAGACAAGGCUCUGCAAGCGGCCUACGCGCAAGUUGAGGCUUGGGGAGAGAAGGCCAAGCUCACUGGUCCCGUCAAAACUGCGGCGAAGAUGUACUUCAAGCGAGUGUACGAAGCCAAUGCCCUUCGAGGCAAACAGACAGAUGUCAUCCUCGCUGGAUGUCUCUUCAUCGCUUGCCGUCAGCUCAGAACUCCCCGAUCUUUCAACGAAAUCUUCGGCUUGACUUCUGUCCCUAAGAAGGAGAUUGGCCGCGCCUAUAAGAACUUGGAGAAGUUCUUGACCAAAGCAGCCCAUGAGAACAUUCAGGCUGUUGAAGGCAGUGGAGGCAUCGCCAAUCGGGAAGUUCUUGAGUAUCGCGGUACCCAGUCGACCAAGCCCGAGGACCUUUGUGGCAGGUACUGCAACAUGGUCGGGCUGAACUUCAGAGUCGAGUCUAUUGCCAAGGCCCUUGCCAAGAAGAUCCCAACCAUCGAAGGCCUGGCUGGUCGCAGUCCCCUUUCCAACGCCGCCGCUUGUACCUUCUUCGCCAGCUGGCUGAUCGGCUUUGGAAAGCCUAGUAAGCAAAUUAGCGAGGUCGCAGGAGUGAGCGACGCGACCAUCAAACACGCCUACCGGUAUCUCCUGCAAGAGAAAGAACGCCUGGUUGAAGACAGCUGGCUCGGUGAACAACCUCCACCUCACGGUGGCUUUGGGGAUUUGAAGAACCUUCCAGGGGCAUAG